AUGGAGAGUGAGACGGGGCCAGGGGAAGGCAGCAUCACCCCGGGAUCCUGGAUCUUAGUUGUGAGCGCGGGUCCUCAGGAGGGAGGGGCUCUGGGGCCUAGCAGCCCGGUGGGGGCGGCAGAGUCCAUGCAGGCCCCAGGUGGUGUGCCAGGCGUGGAGGCCACCCUCUACUGGGUGGAGGCAGUGGAGGAAGGUGCUGCCCUGGAGGAGGGAGAGGUAUCGGGAAUGGGGCAGGAUGUGCAGCUGUUGGUGUUAGACGUCAUGGAGGAGGUGGAGCUGGUGGUGUACGAGGAGCAGGAGCAGGUGUCCUCGGAGGAGCAGUGCCAGGAACAUCCAAGGCCCGGAGCUCCGAGUGACCGGCCUGCACUGGAGGCGCUGGCGGCCCUGCAGCUGGAGAUGGAGCCGGUGAAUAAGCAAGCCGAAAGGGCGCAUGCUCGCCUGAAACAUAAGAACUGUCACAGGCGGACGCUCCAUCUAGAACACAGAAGCGCCAUCAUCCGGGGAAUCCGUGGUUUCUGGGUCGAGGUUUUUAUGAACCACCCCCAAAUGUCACGUAUGAUGACCAACCAAGACCGAAACAUGCUUCACUUCAUGACCAACUUGAAGGUGGAGGAACUCCGGCAUCCCACUCAUCACUGCACGAUCACAUUGUCCUUUCGGAGGAAUAGGUAUCUCCAAAAUGAAGAGGUUGUUAAGGAGUAUCUCGUUAAUGUCACUGGAUACCGAGCAUCCCAUUCCACUCCAAUUCAGUGGCACCAGGGCUUUGAACUUAAGGCAUACAGACGCAGGCACCACGACAGCAGCGUUAACUUCUUUAACUGGCUCUCUGACCACAACUUCACAGGAACUGACCGGAUUGCUGAGAUCAUCAUAACAGAGCUGUGGCCCAAUCCUUUGCAGUACUAUGUGAGGAGGAAGGCUCCACCACGAGAGGAACUGGGAGGACGAGAGGCUCAAAAGAGAAGCCAAGUGAGGAGCGUUAUUCACUGUUUCCCUCCAGUGCCUGAUCUCACGAGGGUGUGGUGGUGUCUUCAAGAUCGAAGCAAGGCCGAGUUGGACCUGAUGGAGCUAAGUGAGUCUGUCCAGCAGCAGUCUGCUUCUGUCCCUCUCCUCUCCCCCAAGCGGCAGAUUCACAGCAGAUAA